AUGAUUGAUAAGAAUAAGAAAGAGAUAAAAGAAAUAAACAAACACCCCCAUCAUUACCAUCACCAUGACCACCACCAACAACAGCACCAUCAUCAGCACCAUCAUCAGCAGCAUCAUCAGCAGCAGCACCAUCAGCAGCAGGAGCAGCAGCAGGAGCAGCAGGAGCAGCAGGAGCAGCAGCAACAAGAGAAUUGUUUACCAAAAGUAGUAUCAAAUCCAAGAGGUCCCUUCUUUGCCUUACACCAAGCAAUACGAAUACACAUAAAUCCUGAACCUGUACCAAACUCACGACUCUUAAAUGGUCCCAUUGGGCAACCUGCAGCAGCAGCAGCAGCAGCAGCAGCAGCAGCAGCAGCAACAGCAGCAAUAGUUGUAGGAGGGAGCGCCUCUGUACACAGCAGCAGCAGCAGCAGCAGCAGCAGCAGCAGCAGCAGCAGUAGCAGCAGCAGCAGCAGUAGCAGUAGCAGUAGCAGCAGUAGCAGCAAACGCAUAGAUGUACACCAUGUGAUGCAGCAGCAACAGCAGCAGCAACAAACAAUACAACAAAAACAGCAGCAGCAGCAACAACAGCAGCAACAAGGAGACAGGACUAAAUAA